AUGGCUCCUGUCCUACUGAAUACGGUCGAUGACGACCUGAAAGACGUAAUCCAGCACCUCUUCGAGAUCCAAUCCGCGGUGCACGGCUACCUAGGCCCAGAAACGCAACAAGAGCUGGUCCGAAAAAUCAAAAACCUCACUCUCACCCUAAACACCCUCUCAACACACACCCAACUCCCGCCCGACAACGGGAACGCAGCAGACUCAGAGCAGAAUCAGCAAAACGACGACCCUGCAAACCCGCGCCUCGCAAGCGUCCAAUUACCGCCCGAGAUAAUCGACUACGUGGACAGCGCGCGCAACCCAGACAUCUACACGCGUGAAUUCGUCGAGCUGGUACAGCGCGGCAAUCAAGAUCUGAAGGGGAAAAGGGAGGCUUUCGCCGGGUUCCGGGAUGUGUUGGCCCGUGAGAUGCGGAGUGCUAUGCCUGAGUGUGCGGGUGAGGUUGAUCGUGUUGUUGCGGUGACGGGGGAACCGCGGGUGGGGGGUUGA